AUGAUUAGUGCGUUUUUCAUUUACAAUCAAAAGGGUGAAGUUCUCAUCUCACGUUUAUAUCGUCAAGAUCUGAAACGAUCCGUAGCAGAUAUCUUUCGAAUACAAGUAAUAUCCAAUACUGACAUCCGAUCACCCAUAGUUACGCUUGGUUCUACAUCAUUUUUUCACGUUCGACAUGAAAACCUUUUUAUCGUUGCUGUUACAAAGUGCAAUGCUAACGCCGCAUUAGUGUUCGAAUUUUGCUAUCGACUCGUAAACAUCGGAAAAGCUUAUUUUGGAAAAUUGGACGAGGAAGCCGUUAAAAAUAACUUUGUGCUGAAUUUGAGUGUUCUCGAUUUUGGAUAUCCACAAAACAGCGAGACUGACACACUGAAAUUAUAUAUUACCACCGAGGGUGUCAAGUCUGAACGUGCAUUAAAAGAAGAUUCAUCGAAAAUUACAAUUCAAGCAACUGGUGCCACUUCGUGGCGAAGACCAGACAUAAAGUAUCGGAAGAAUGAGGCUUUCAUAGAUGUUAUCGAGUCAAUUAAUUUGUUAAUGAGCGCCAAAGGUACUACAUUAAGGGCUGACGUUUCUGGGCAAAUUAUGAUGAGGGCUUACCUCUCCGGAACACCUGAGUGUAAAUUUGGAUUGAAUGACAAAUUAUUGUUGGAAAAAGAUACUUCUCAUAAAGGAAUGGCAAGGAAAUCUACUGCUGUUGAAAUCGAUGAUUGUCAAUUUCAUCAAUGUGUAAAACUGGGAAAAUUCGACUCAGAUCGUACAAUCAGCUUUGUACCGCCAGAUGGCGAAUUUGAAUUGAUGAGGUACCGCACUACUGAAAAUGUGAUUCUUCCGUUCCGUGUCCAUCCGGUAGUCAAUGAAAUUGGAAAAUCUCGUGUCGAAUAUCGGGUCACAGUAAAAGCGAAUUUUCAGCCCAAAUUAUACGCGAAUAAUGUAUUAAUAAAGAUCCCCACACCACUUAACACCGCCAAUAUCAAUGUUCGUGUCUCUUCGGGAAAAGCAAAAUAUGUACCAGAUGAAAAUGCAAUUAAUUGGCCAAUAGGAUUUUUAGGUUUCACGAUCAUCCGCGACAAUAUUUUGUCUAUCAAUGCAGUCGUUUUGUUCACUGUUUUAUAUAAUGAUAGGAUUCCACGAUUCCAAGGACAGUAUGAAGUAAUGCUAAGUGGGGAUGCCGAACUUUCUGCAAUGACAGUCAAAAAGGCAUGGUCAAGGCCGCCAAUAUCAAUGGAUUUUCAAGUAUUGAUGUUCACAUCUUCAGGAUUAUUAGUGAGAUUUUUGAAGGUUCUUGAAAAAAGCAAUUAUACUAGUAUCAAAUGGGUAAGGUAUAUGACAAAGGCCGGAGGUUAUCAAAUUAGGGGCGGUAAAACAGGUUAUUAUCCACCUCAUAAUAGAUUUUAUGAAGGUGGUAGAAGCAAUACCGGCUAUAAUAGCAAUAAUCAGCAGUAUACAACGGGCGAAAACUUUUUAACAUCUAAUUUCAACACAAUCAGUCGUAUUCCCCAAGCGCCCUAUCAAAGUUCACCUGCUUAUUCAAGUUCACAAUCAAGUUAUCCAAGUUCCCACGCAAAUUUGCCACAUUCAUCGGGUUAUGACAAAAGAGAUCAUUCGAAUAAGAAAUUUCUUCCUCCAGGACAUGCUUCGUAUAAACCACUUGAUUCUUAUUUAGAAGAUAAAGAAAUGUUACCGACUGCUGGAUAUUCUGCUGUCGCACCGGCAACAACUGGGCCACAGCCUCCAAAAAAUUACGAUACUCAAAAGUUAACUGAAUUCGAAGACGAACCUAAACAGGAGGCAAAACAUGGUGGUUUGAUGAAGUAUUUUUGUUGUGGAAGUCGGGCUUCAUGUGGAAAAACUUGUGCGAUUAUAUGUUGCAUCAUUCUUCUCAUUAUUAUUGGAAUUAUAGCAGCAGUUCUGUUAUUCGGACGUGUACCGUCAGUUGACUUUUUAGGAGUUGUGAAUUCCCCCACCGGCGCUCAACCAUAUGUUAUGAAAGCUUCUGGGUUUGACUUUAACUUUGGUCUUCGUAUCCAAGUUAAUAAUCCUAAUGUCAUUGGCGCAACAUUCUCGAUGAUAAAGGCUGUGGCGUAUUAUCCAGGUCAUCAAAAUGCGAUCGGAGGUGGAAAUUUGACUAACGUUAACAUUCCAAGUAAAUCCAACACCACAAUUAAUUUCCCAUUUACUAUCAAUUAUGAUGCAUCAAUUGAUCCUGGAUUCUCGAUAUUGCUUGAUAUUGCAACAAAAUGUGGGUUAACUGGUGGUAAUAAGACCCAAUUGGAAAUUGAUUACACGUUGACCUUGUCAUUUAAUGUUUUAUUUAUACCUUUGAGUCCAAGUUUCCAAAAAACGGCUAAGAUGGACUGCCCUAUUCAGAAUGGUCAAAUACCCAACAUACCAGGCUUCAACAUAUCACAGAUUGCAACCGAUUUCAGUAAUAAGACGUCCAAUGCUAAAAGAUUUAUGUUAUUUUCACUAUUAUGA